ACUUUGGGCGUAGAUGACCUCUGGCUUUCUCAAAUCGUAGCUUGGCUGGAUUCACCUCUGUAUUUCCAGUCUUCAUCGCCAGCUUCUAGGUCCAAACGCUGAAGUUCGUUGUGUUUCUAGGCGGAGGAAUUUGUGGCGCGCUAAGCCCUAGAGACAUCAUCACCGUCCCUUCACGCCUUUGUCUUUCUAUACGGCAGCCCUCGUGCCAACUACGCCGCCUGCGCCACGCUCGAGACGACGCUAUCUAAAGCCUUGCACAACGCACAUAGGAGAACUCGUCAAGGACCGUCAGCAUGUUCAGAUCUUCAGACCCUCAGGUCGACAGGGCCGUGGAGCUUCACGCUCCCCCGCCAAAAGGCCAAGCCUACAGCCUUCCACUUCCCGGCACAGAAGCACAAGGGCGCAGUGCAAUUUAUCGGCAUUGGAGGUUCACAGACAAGCCUCUGCUAGAGACCCUGAUACCUGAAAUCACCACGCCCCAUGAGGCUUUCGAAAACUCAGUCGCGAGAUACCCAAGGAACAAAUGUCUCGGCCACCGCCCUUACGACCCCGUCUCGAAGACCUUCGGCGCAUACGUUUGGGAAGACUACGAGACCAUCGCGAAGCGGAGAAAGAACUUUGGUGCCGGUCUGGUGCAUCUACACAAGCAGGCUGGUGUGACGGCAGCCAAGUACGGCGUUGGGCUGUUUUGCCAGAACAGGCCUGAGUGGCAGAUCACUGAUCUGGCGUGCAUGUCCCAAAGUCUGUACACCGUCUCCAUCUACGAUACGCUCGGCCCAGAUGCUACGGAAUACAUCAUCAACCACGCCGAACUGGCGUGCGUCGUCACAGGCAUGAACCAUGUUACAGCGCUGCUGAAGUUGAAGCCACGACUUCCGACGCUAAAGGCCAUUGUUGUGCUCGAUCCCCUGUCAGCCGGAGAACUUCCGGGAGAGUCAAAGGGCGACCUGCUGAACUCGUUGGCGGGCGAGCUUGGCGUGGCUAUCCACUACAUUCGAGAUGUCGAGGCUUUGGGCGAGCAGCAGCCGAUUCCGAUGAACCCACCCAAGCCAGAUGACAUUGUCACCAUCAACUAUACUUCUGGGACCACAGGAAACCCCAAGGGCGUGGUCUUGUCUCACAGGAACGCGCACGCUGGAACAUGUUCGAGUAUGAUCAUCUUCGGUAUGGGCUCUGAUCACGUUCUUUGUUCCUUCCUGCCCCUGGCGCACAUUUAUCAGCGGUUAGGUGAGCAUGGCGCACUUGCAGGCGGUGCGGCUAUCGGCUACUUUCACGGCAAUAUUGUGGAGCUCGUCGAUGAUAUGAAGUUGCUUCGACCGACCAUCUUUUCUGGCGUCCCCAGACUUUAUAACAGGUUCGGAGCCAAGAUCAAGGAGGCGACUGUUGAUGCGACGGGCGUCAAGGGCGCCCUCUCGCGGCACGUAGUGGCAACAAAACUAGCUGCCAUCAACGACAAGCACAACCCGACCAACACACACAUGCUCUACGAUCGUAUCUGGGCCAAGAAGGUUGCCGCCGGACUCGGUCUCGACCGUGCUAGAGUGGUAGUCAGCGGCUCUGCACCCAUCGAUCCCAGCUUACAACAGUUCCUGCGUAUCGUCGUCGGAAGCAAUUUCUCGCAAGGCUAUGGUCUGACAGAAACAUAUGCCGUCACACUCAUCCAACACGAGGGUGACUUCUCAGCUGGAAACUGUGGUGGAGUAGCACCAAGUGCCGAGUGCGCGCUUCUCGACGUACCCGAUAUGGACUACCUUUCAACCGACAAGCCACAUCCUCGAGGAGAGCUGAUAAUCCGCUCAACGACGCAGUUUAAGGAGUACUUCCGCAACGACGAGGAGACUAAGAAGGCUAUCGAUGAAGAUGGCUGGUUCCACACUGGCGAUAUCUGCUCCGUCGACGAACUCGGCCGCUUCAAGAUUGUCGACCGCAGGAAGAACGUGCUCAAACUCGCCCAGGGAGAAUACAUCUCCCCCGAGCGCAUCGAGAACGUCUACCUCGCCAACUGCGGCUGGCUCGCCUCCGCCUACGUACACGGCGACUCGCAGCAGUCCUUCCUCGUCGCCAUCUUUGGCGUCGCGCCAGAUCUGUUCCCGCACUUUGCGUCCAAGGUGCUCGGCGAGAAGAUUGAGGAGGGCGACGUGGAGAAACUGAAGGAGGUACUCGGUAGCAAGAAGCUUGAGAAGGCGGUUCUGAAGGAACUAGACCGUGUGGGCAGGAAGAGCAAGUUCAACAGCUAUGAGCGGGUUAGGUCUGUGCGACUGUUUGUGGAGCCGUUUACCAUUGAGAACCAACUUCUGACGCCGACAUUGAAGUUGAAGCGUCCGCAGACCGCCAAGGCGUUCAGACAGCACCUCGAUGACUGCUACGAGGAGGCACUGGCGGAGGAGAAGACGGCCAAGUCGAAGUUGUAGCGCGCAUCAUUGCAUACCUGGCGCUCUGUCAUUUUUAAGAGAAUAUAUGCAUCUUAGCGACUUGGGUGGUUCAGUUGUUGUACCCAUUCACAGCCGGAAGUGCAUGGUCGUUCAGUGUACAUAUAGGUAGUAGAGGAGCCAAUUAGCGCAUAUAUAAUCGAAUCUUCGUAACACUUGAG